CAGUCGAAAACUAGCUUCAGUUAGCGAAAUCUGUUGAGAUGUGGAACAAACCAAGCCUGGGAAUCUUUCUCCUCUAUCUGAUGGCCAGCGGGGGGAACGCGUUGCCCGCCGACGUAGCCAGAUACAAUAAAUUGGGACAAAGCCCAACAAAGCCAGCCAGCCUGAACUGCAGUGCGGCGACCACGACCAAUCGGUUGGGUCUGGACACUGAGAGCACCCCGUCGCCACCGGAAUUCGAGUACGCCCUGCUCGGUCAGGAUCCUAAGGAUCAGCAUUGGUAUCGCGUCAGUCUCACGCCCACGAAGAACCAGACGGGGUAUCGGGCCCAGUUCGCCACCCGGAAGCAGCCGCCCUUCGACGACCAAGUGGCACACAAGCAUGACAGGACCAUUGGCGAGCUGCUGGAUUGGCUGGACCAUUCCGAGGAACGCAAACUCCUGCAAGUGUACCGGGACGUGUUGGACGACGAGCAGAGGGAAACAAAUCAAAGGCUAGAUAAUGAAGUCCGCAGUGAAAGCGACUUAAGGCCCACAAAGAGCAACCAUCAGCUGCACCUGGUGGGAGAGGAGACGACAACCCCGGCUCAAAGUCCGAAUGAAAGUGAGCCGCAGGCAGUCCAGAACUUUGUAUACUUUAUAAAGGGACUGGAAUGAUUCCGAAGAAAAGCAUUUUCCGAUUUUAAUUUACUCCAAAACUUUUUGACAAUGAAUUGUUUGAAACCCUAUUCUGUUCUUAAAAGAAAUUUUAUAAAUCUGCAUAUAGAAACCAAAUAAUAUUAGUAAAGUUCCUUUAAAUUUCCUACACGAAACUUUCACCACAGAACAGCAGCUUUCUACCACACGCUCUCUUAUACAGGGGCUCUCACAUUGAGAAAGGCAAAGACCACCGCCAGACCCUUGUGCGAUUGCAGAACAUGGCCAAAACGAGGCCUCGUCGAAGAGUUAACUGACACUUGCUGCUCCACUUGGAAGACCAUGGCCCAUUUCGGGACUUUGAAGCGUGGAAAUAAAAGCAGAGAAACGAAACACCCCGAACAUGACACGAAUCGGAUGGUCUUUGGUGGUACCAAUAGAAUAGGUUGCCCUGCUUUUCGAUUCAGAGCCACUUGGUACUGCGAGGUGUAGCCCUGAUCCUAGAAGCAACAGUAGGACAGAUUAUUCACUCGAAUAUAGCUCCAGCCUCCGCUGGAGGCAGUUGCCUGGGACGACAGCGGCAGCCCAGUGGUUGCUCUAGAAUUUCAAACAUUCUAUUAGCAGACACAAAAAUCCAAAUCUGUCU